AUGACCGAUCAAGCUUUGUCUGGUAAAAUAUGCCUUGUCACAGGCGCAAGGGGCGGGCUCGGAAAAGCCAUCGCAACGAAGCUCAUUGAGGCCGGGGCCAGCGUGGUGGUUUGCGAUAUCAGCGACGAGCGCCUGCAGGAGGUAACGGCCGAACUGUCUCCCAAAGGCCCAUUUAAGGCUAUCAAGACAGACAUCACCAAUCAAGAAGCGGUCGCCAGUCUCUUCCAAGAAAUUGUGGGCGAAUUCGGCAGACUCGAUAUUCUUAUUAAUAAUGCCGGGAUCAUGGAUAAGUUCGACCCUGUCGGGGAUCUAGAGGUCGAAUUAUGGAACCGGGUGAUGGCCGUCAAUCUGACUGCUCCAUUCAUUCUGAGUAAAUUGGCUGUUCGCAACAUGCUGGAGCAGCCGAAUCCUAACGGCCAGAUCGUCAACAUUAUCUCGGUCGCUGGCAAGGCUGGAUGGGCCAGCGGUGCUGCUUACACUUCCAGCAAACAUGGUCUAGUCGGUUUAACCAAGAACACCGCCGCCUUCUAUGGCUCGAAGGGGAUUCGCUGCAAUGCGUUGAUGAUGGGUGGAAUGAAUACGAAUAUCGGUGAUAACAUGAAAAGCAAUAUGAACAUGGAGGGCUAUCAAAAACUGCACGAUAUUCUCGGAAGCAUCAAGGUGCCGACGUGCGAGGUGGAAGAUGCCGCCAACCUGUGUGUCACUUUGGUGUCUGGCAAGGGAAUGGGCAUCGUCAAUGGUGCAUGUCUCGCCGCUGACAAUGGAUGGACCUCUAUUGUUGGUUAA